AUGAAUUGGGCCCCAGACACCCAUCACCCUCCUCGGGGUCCAGUUCACUCUCAUUAUGACCAACAACUGUAUUCCCAGACGGGCCUACUCACCGUAGGACCCGACCAUCGUCGUCCUUCACAUCCGCAGCAUCCUCAGCACCCACGAACUGGCCAUGUUUACCAACUGACCGAAAUGCCAGGCUCUGUGCCUCAAAACCAACAUCAUCACCCUCCCCCGCCACCUAGGCUUUAUGCUUCUGACCUUACAGCUGGACAGCAAGUCCGUCCACCCCAAACUCCAUCUUCUUUUCUUUCACGAAAUAGCGAAACGGUAGACCAUGUGCAAGGUCACCACCCAGUAUAUGCGCCGGGACUGCACUCAGUGUCAGAGGACCAACCAUCCGCCUUUGUACAUGGUCAGCAUAGAUCAUCAAUCGAUAUGUGUGCCGUUCCUCCCUUCACAGGGUAUCGCUUCAACCCGGCUGUUACAACCGAUGGUGGACUGCCUGAUUCGAAUAGUCCUAUGGUAUCUCCAACUGAACCAAGGCCUGAUCUUAUGAGAAUAUCCGAUAUUCUUACCACUGACGAGGGACGCGGCGGUAGCAUGAGCGUGAACAAUCGCUCAGGCGAUGUUUGCUUUAGGCUCCAGAUACGGCAGCAACCAAUUGCUGCUCGAUCAUGUGGAUUUGGGGAAAGAGACCGGAGAGUAAUCGAUCCACCGCCAAUCGUCCAGCUUCUCAUUGAAGGUGCCAAUCUCACGAAAGAGGAGACAGUAAAACAUCUGCGCUAUCCUCACUACGUGAUGAGCUGCUCUAUUUACGAUGAAUCUGGGUCCUGUGAUGCCUCGUUCAUGCCUGAAGAGUAUCGGCAACAACGCCGACUCAUGGGCUUACUAGUCAGUGCCCCGUUCGUCGGCAAGGAUGAACAUGGCGAGGAAGGUUGCUUCUUCUGCUUCCCAGACUUAUCCUGCAGAACUCCUGGCUCAUUUCGCCUUCAUUUCACCUUGGUCAAAAUUGACCCGAUCCGUGCAAAAGAGGUCAAGCGCUUUCCGACUUUAGUUGACGCUCAGAGCGAUGUUUUUACUGUCUAUACAGCAAAAGACUUUCCUGGGAUGCAGGCUAGUACAAAGUUGACCAAGCGGCUUAAAGAACAAGGCUGUAUUAUUUCUAUCAAGAAGGGAAAUGACCGGUCCAAAAAUGCCAGGAGCCACGACGAUUCGAGCGACGGAGAGCAAGAUGAUGGCGAAGCUACGUUGCAAGGAAAGAGGCGACGCCGUUCGGCGCGAUAG